AUGUCCUGGCUCUCCAGUCAACGGGCAACAUGGUACCGCACAUGCCUGAGACAAGACGACUUCAACUGCCCGCUGCAAGUCGGUCUGGGGGGGAAAUCACCCCAUGUGGCCGUACAUACGACAGACGCACAUGCCAGGGGAUGUGGUAGCCUCGCUGGUCUCUUCACAGCUCCGCUCCCGCGGGGCUCGAGACCGGAACGUGUGCCAGAACUGUCGGUUACUCUUUGUUCCCUUUAA